AUGCAAGGAGCCAGCGAUGGAAAGUUAAUGGUCGAGGAUCUGUCUGCGGGGAAAAUCUACCGGAAAGGAGUCAGUGACUCCAAGUACAUUAUAAUCCACCAUGAAAAUAAAUCCGUCUUACGCCGCUAUCGCAUCGAGGAAACAUGGUGGAGAUCCUUGGAAAAUAAACGACUAAUUGACAACGAGCUGGCUCUUUUAAAACUCAAACAUCCGAACUUGGUUCUUUUGAUUAAGGCUAGUGCGGAAAAUGGAUGGUAUCAAAUAGAAUUGGAAUAUGUUAGCCGGAUAUCUUUGGACAAACUGAUCUUUAACUCACAAUACGAGUACUCUCAUAAGACGAUUAUACAUUUAACGGGUGACAUUCUUGAUGGUCUUCACUUUUUGCACGAGCACGGCUAUUUGUAUCGAGAUUGCAAGUCGGCAAAUGUUAUGUUAACUCUCUGCGGAAGAGCAAAGUUGAUCGACUUUGAAACUGGGAAAGUGCUGCCAGAAGGUCGCAUAGCUACCGAGCAUUCACAAGGAAUAGGAUCUACUGAAUAUCGAGCACCAGAAACGUUCAACGGGGUACUCGAUUCUAGAGGACAGUUCACAAAAAAGAGCGAUGUCUGGUCCGUUGGAGUGAUAAUUUUUGAAAUGGGCGCACGAAGGGUUCCAUUUCCUUUCGAAAACGGUUCACCACAAGCAAAAAGCGAUUUCAUCUUGCCGAAAAUCAAAUGUGAUGCUGAGGCUUGGACACUGAUGGAAAAUAAUCCGAAAUUCCAGAAUGCAGAUUUCGGCGAACAAGAGUUGAUACCACAAUAUGUAAAAGGAAGAGAAGAGUUUCAUUUUCCAAAUGGAAUGACGUUCACGAGUAUGCCCCAAGAAACCCAAUCUCCAAUCAGGCUUGGAAAUAUGGAGCAAGAUGAAUCAGAAUGGAUUUAUCAUGAAACGGGUUCAGACGCUUGCUUAUUUCGCCAGCUUCACACGCAUGAGGACUCGAACGAUGCCAUGAUUAUUUUUGAACAAGAAAACGAUGAUUUCUGGUUUAACGGAUCAUCGGACGAUCAAUCGGUCGAGAUUGAUCACAGAAACGAUGAUCCAAAAGUAACUAAUGCUGUCGGAACACCAAGUUAUCAAUCACCAGAAGCUCUAAACUCAAAUUUGGUGGAUUGGGCAAAGAACGAUAUCUACUCAUUGGGCUUAGUCCUUUGGGAGUUGGUAGAACGCCGAAUCAUCUUUGAAACGUUAUCGAGACCAAGAAACGUUGAGGAAACAAUUUUUACGGAAGACUUAUGCUCAUCAAUGUCAAAUUGGAAAAAUUUUGGUGUUAAAGCAUCGGAUUUAUUGGACCUUCGUAAAUUAAUCAAAGGG